GCAUGGCGUGUAGCCCGGGCCCGGGCCGCCGCCGGCGGAGGCCACAGGCGCGGGGCGAGCGCAGGGAAAGGCUCUUCGCCGUGGAGGGAAGCGGUUCAGAUGAAGAACCCCCUAACUCAUUAGUGACAGAAGACAGUCAGCAGUGUGCUGUUCUUACAGAUUCCAUUUGUGCCCAUCCUUUUGCAAGGUCAAAACAGAUUCAUUCCUCAUCUGACUUGGAAGCAGUGGUAGCCCAUCCUCAGGAGCCUCAGAAUCUGGAUGACUCAUCACCUGCCAGUCAGUUUUCCGUGGUGUACUGGCCACACGAACGGGAAGUCAUCAGGGACAGAAUUGAGCACAUUGACUGGAUACCCACUACCCCUGAGCCAUUGUACACUCCAACAGGUUUGGAGAGGAAGCCACUAUACCAAACUCCUGACAAAGACACUGUGAUUUAUCUAGAAGAAGGUGGGAACAGCCUGAGAAAUCUUGCUGUUAGCUAUAGGUAUUCCAAAGGGAGAGGUCUCUGCCCCCUGAAACAUAUCGUCCUUCAGGAAGAGGACAACACACUAAUCUUUGAAGCACGGUUUGAGAGUGGGAAUUUGCAGAAGGUGGUCAAAGUGACUGAAUUUGAGUACGAGCUGACGCUGCGCCCUGACCUCCACACAAGCAGGCACACGUGGUGGUACUACUUCCAAGUAAGCAACACGCGGGCAAGGCUGCCGUAUCGCUUCACUAUUGUCAACUUCCCCAAGCCUAACAGCCUGUAUAAAUGGGGCUUGCAGCCCCUGCUGUACUCGGAAGCUGACGCCAGGGAGCACAAGGUUGGCUGGAGAAGGACAGGAAGUGAAAUCAAGUAUUACAAAAACAAUGCAGGCCAAGGUGAACAGCAGUAUUUCUGUCUCACUUGGACAUGCCAGUUCCCUCAUGACCGAGACACCUGCUACUUUGCCCACUGCUAUCCUUACACCUACUCCACCCUGCAGGAGUACCUGGCAAACAUCUCCAAAGAUCGAGUAAAGUCCAAGUUCUGCAAGAUUAACGUCUUGUGCCGUUCACUGGCAGGAAACAUCGUGUAUGUUUUAACUGUCACCAGCCCCCCUAAAAGUGGCAGGUACUCCAAGAGGAAGGCUGUGAUACUAACCGCGAGGGUGCAUCCAGGAGAAACUAACAGUUCCUGGAUAAUGAAGGGCUUUCUGGAUUACAUUCUUGGUGAUUCAGGCCAAGCUCAACACCUGCGGGACACUUUUGUCUUCAAAGUGGUACCCAUGUUGAAUCCAGAUGGUGUGAUUGUGGGAAAUCACCGCUGCUCUUUAACAGGUCAGGACCUGAACCGCAAAUACAGUUCUAACAUGAAGAAAUGUUAUCCUUCCAUCUGGUACACCCAAAACAUGAUCAGAAGAGUAAAGGAGGAACGUGAUGUGUUUCUGUAUUGUGACAUCCAUGGUCACAACACGAAACAAAAUGUCUUCAUGUAUGGUUGUGAGAGAAAGCAGCAAGCAAAAGCUCUGUACUUGCAGCCACGUGUCUUCCCACUCUUGUUGAGCAAGAGCUGCCCAGAUAAGUUCUCAUUCCCAGACUGCUGUUUCAGAGUACUAAAGAACAAGAGUGGUACAGGUCGAGUGAUAAUGUGGAAGAUGGGCAUCAAGAACAGUUACACUUUGGAAGCCUCUGUCUGUGGCUCUAAGUUGGGCUACAGACGAAACACCCAUUUCAAUCUGAAAGACUUGGAGUCAGUAGGACAGCAUUUCUGUGAUGCUCUCUGGAAAUACUGUGUUUAUACCAAGGAGGAACUCGAGAAAGUAGUGAAACAGCAAGCUAGGAUGAAUUCCAAGGUGCUGAAUCCUGAUCUGUUUGACUGGAAUUCCAGCAGCCAAGCUUCUGACAGGCCAGACUCCUGUGGUCUUGUUGCACACCAGUUAAAGCUAAGUAUUAAGAAUAAAGGCUCUGAAACUCAACAUAAAAUAUUUCAGGGAUUUGACACAGUGGAAAAAGUAAAAAUGCCAGUUACAGAUUCUGCCAAACAAGUAGGAGAGAAUUUCAGCUCUGAGAGACUCCUCCGUGUGGCUAAAGGCAAUCAUGAAAAGCCUGAUGUGCCACAGGAGGCAGGAAAAAGUGUGUGCUGUGCUACAACCCCAUCCGCAAAAGAAAAUUUCUGUUCAUCCAGCUUUGAUCUGGUCUCUCAGAAGAUGAAGAAGUACAAUGGCAAAAGUGUCUCCAGGUCUACAAAGAAGACACUUCAAUGUUUAAAAGGUCAUGAUCAUAGUGCAAAGAGCAAAUCAAAAAAGGAAGAAAGGAAAAUGAAGAGGAAGCUCCCUUCAAAAAGCACACAACUCAAGAAAACCGGCACAGCAAGCCGAGAUGGUAUUUCCAGGAAGAGUAAAUCCUGCCAGGCACAAGACUUCUCUCUGCCUGAAGCACAGUCCAAGCAAUGUGCUGGAAAGGGUAUAUUUUGCAACCCUAGUUCUUCAGGCAGUGAAGGCACAUGAAAGUGUCAUGUAUCUGAUUUCCUUAAAGAAUUCCCAAGACUUUGGUUAUGGGUUAUGACUCCACCUGUGAUGGAAUAAAUACCUGCAGAAAUAAAAAUUCUUGCUCUUUUUUUUUUUCUGAAAAUCAGUUUGCAAAAUUUGCCUAAUGUACAAACAAAGUUGCUCUCACCACAUGAAGAUGUAUCCCAAAUUCU